AUGUCCGCAGAACCUCACGUGGUGAUCAUUGGCGCCGGUGUUGUCGGUCUUACCAAUGCUGUCUUUUUAGCUGAGGCUGGCUACACGGUCACUGUAAUAGCUGCGCAUGUCCCUGGUGAUAGCAGUGUAGAGUAUACAUCGCCAUGGGCCGGCGCGCACUGGAGAACGCAUGCUACACCUGAUACACCUGAACAAUGCGAUUGGGAUGCCCAGACGUUCGACUACUGGCGCCAGAUACGCGAGGAUGAAGAGCGUGAUUCUGAGCUUCCUAAGAGUGGAUUGAAGGUGCAAGAAUCCCUCCACUACUGGGACACCGAACUCAAAGAAGAUUUAUGGUGGGCAGCCGUAGUCCAAGACUUCGCGCAACUGUCUCUCUUCCACGACCCCAUCUUGUUCAUCAACCGCGACCGCCCAGCUCAUGCCCCAGAGAUAAUCUGGGGCGCCACCUCCCGAGCUUGCUCCAUUAAUACUCCCCAAUACCUCCUUUACCUCCAGGAACGCGCUCGUAAGAGCGGCACAAUCGUCUUCAAAUCCAAGCUUCCUACCGAUGGCGGCUUCGAGAAAGCCCUCACCACAGCUGAAGGCAUAGCUCGGGUCAUUGGCAGAGCAAAAGUAGAUUGCUUCGUGAAUUGCACAGGCCUUGGAGCAAUGAAGCUUUGCGCUGACGAUAGAAUGUUUCCAAUCAGAGGACAGACAGUGCUUGUGAAAGGCGAGGCGAAAGCUACGCGAACACGCUAUCACGCAGGCACCAUUGGCUCUGGCACAAGUUCCUACUGCAUCCCUCGGCCUGGAUCCGGAACGACAAUUCUUGGCGGGACCAAGGAGAAGGGGAAUUGGAGUGAGAAAGCUGAUCCGGAGACUACGAAGAUUAUCUUGGAGAGGUGUAGUUGGAUGGUGCCGGAGCUUUUGACGGGGGGAAAUGACGGGUUCGAGGUGAUGAGUGCGCAGGCUGGGUUGAGGCCGGGGAGAGAGGGAGGGCCGAGGACAGAGAGGGAGGUUGUGGGCGGGAGGAGGGUUGUACAUGCGUAUGGACAUGCCGGGGGAGGGUAUCAGAAUUCGGUUGGGUGUGCGAGGAAAGUGGUCAAGUUGGUGGAGGAGAGUGUUGGGACGUCGUCGAUGGGGGUCGUGAGCGCGAGGCUUUGA